AUGCGACGACGACCUUGGAAUCCCAGUCCCCUAAUCGAUAAAGCGGGCUAUUGCAAAGGCAUCUAUACGCAAAUCCCUGGGGAUUGGGAAUACGGCAAGGAUCAGAGAGCACUGGGCCGGGCUCAAAUUCGGCAGGUCCCAGGACACGGCAAUUGUCUUUUUCAUGCCAUUAGCACCUGUAUGGCCGAGGUGGUCUAUGGCUCACCACUGCAGUAUCCCGAGGAUUUGGGAUGGCUUUAUGGUCAUUCGGCCUAUUUGCGACAAUGCGAUGUGGAUCGUCUACAGCAAAAAAGAUCGCUCUAUUUAGUUGGCAACACUUAUCUAACAACACAAGAUUUGGUCCCACCAGCAGCCGCUAAGUAUAGUAUCAGUGCUGCAAGAUAUCUGGACCUGAUGCAACAAGAUGGUUAUUGGGGUGGAGGACCACAAAUUGUGGCAUUAUCCAAUGUAUUGGAGCGUCCAAUUCAUGUUUAUGAGUUGGCCUCUUUAUCUACUAGUACAGGUACACUCGUCACACGCAGUCAUUGGAUGCUUCCUUUUCUUUGUGGUGACAAUGCAAGCGAUUGCUUUGUCCUGAAAUGCAUUGCCCGUUUUGGCAGCCCCAAAUUUGAUGAGAAAGAACCCUUUCUGCCGACAGUCGAUUUCCAGAUAUUCUACCAGGCCAAGAACUGA